AACUGCUAAUCCUGUAUUAGGAUUUUACAAAUCCAUUUUCAGUUUUGGGGACUCCCUCGCUGACACCGGAAAUGUACUCUUCUCCAGCCCAGAUGAAUAUGUCGGCAAAUUACCUUACGGAGAGACCUAUUUUCAUCAAGCUACUGUCGGUUCUCUGAUGGCCGCCUAGUUAUUGAUUUCAUUGCCAAAUCUGUAGGACUGCCAUUACUACCGCGGUAUCUAGCAAGUAGCGGUAAGGAUUUAAGACAGGGAGUGAAUUUCUCUGUAGGGGGAGCUACAGCUUUGGAUGCUUCUUUCUUCGAAGAAAGAAAGGUUUCAGUACCUAAGAAUGCCUCUCUUAAAAUUCAACUCAAAUGGUUCAGAGAACUCUUACCUUCUCUUUGCAUUCCAUCUUCAAGUACGUUGGCUUUCUUUUUGCUUUUCUACUUUGAAGUUGAUAUAAAUUUUCAAAGACUAAAUCCAAGUUUCCUUUCCAGGGAAUUGAAGUCCAAGUUGACUAAUUGACCCAUGGAUACCAAUUAUUUUCGAUUUUUCUUUUUGUUAUGCUGCUAGUUUAUUUUGCGAAUUGAUUAGCUUGCUGUGCAAAUAUGUUCAGACUCAUGGCGUUGGUAUAACACCUGCAGUCAUUUCUGUGUUGACUUGAUAAUUACACCGUGUUUAAUUCAUCAUUAUAGAUGAUUGCCAAGAAUUUCUGAAAACGUCUCUAAUCCUGAUGGGAGAAAUCGGUACAAACGAUUAUAAUCAUCCAUUCUUCCAAGGAAGAAGUCUAGGGGAGAUUCAAACUUUCGUACCCGAAAUCAUCAAAGCCAUUUCCUUCGCCAUAAAGGUAAUCAAAGGUCUUGAUAAAGGAAGGUGCUGUAACAUUCAUGGUCCCCGGAAACUUACCAAUUGGGUGUGCAGCACUGUAUUUAACUAAAUUCAGGAGCCCUGAAAUAGCCGAUUAUGAUGAGAUUGGUUGUAUCAAGUGGUUAAACGAGUUCUCCAUGUUCCACAACAAAUUGCUUCAGAAAGAGUUGGAUAUUUUGAGAGUAAUACACCCACACACCAACAUUAUUUAUGCUGAUUACUACAGUGUCAUCAUGAAGAUUUACCAAUCUCCCAAAUCAUUCGGAUUUGAGAGUGGGAUUCUUAAAGCAUGUUGCGGAGGUGAAGGUCCAUACAACUGCAACAAAUCUGUUCAGUGUGGAAGUGUUGGUGCAAGAGUUUAUGGUGAUCCAUCAAAGCAUGUGAACUGGGAUGGUUUUCAUUUGACUGAAGCCACAUACAAAAUUAUAGCCAAUGCUUUGAUACAAGAACAUUAUCGGUUCUUCUUCCCUGCCACCCGUAUCAUCAGUAACACUACAUACAUUUUGAUCUGUUCAUCCGUACUUGUACCAUUGCCAAUCCUGAUCAUGAUUUAUAAUAACUUCUCCAAGUAUUAUUACAUUAUAUUCCCUGACAAGAAAGGGGAAGCCCGUGAUGAGGAACUAACGCAAUCCAUGUAAUUAUCUUAUAUACUAUUGUGGGAAAUCAA